AUGACGGCGUGCGACUGUAACUUAAAGAAAUUCCUUCUGGAAUUUGUGUUGAUCUCUAACUUAGCUUACGUGUUAUCGCGUUCCCUACCAGCUGGAAAUAUACCAUACCAGGUGGCUCCUUUAUCAAUACCUUAUCCCUUUCAAGGCAAUACAGCGCUGCGCACAGGAUAUUAUAACCCUCAACUUACUCACACUUAUCAGCAUAAGCGUUGUUCCGGUGGGUUUUUUGGCAUCAAACCGCAUCCUAAUCAGCGCCAAUACUACUAUGUUUGCAAGCCAGAUUGCGUGAUUUUUGGAAGAUGCCAAAAUUUACAGUUUUUCGAUGGCACCAAAGGUCAAUGUAGUCCCUAUCCCACACCAGAGUUCACGCCAGUUUGCACGAAGCCCGGUCGUUUUCCUAUUUUAUCAGACUGUACUACAUACUACAGAUGUGAUGCACAACUAAAGCCACGUAUCUACGCUUGUCCACGAAAUACGGUAUUUUCGCCACGCGAAGCCAAGUGUAUCUGUGGUGCACAGUGCAAUCCGACAGAAGUGUCUACGCAUGGUUCGCAUAUACCACAAGAUUGUGAGCAUAAAUUCCCACCAUGUCUGCAGGAUGGCACUUUCCGUGCGCCCACUGAUUGUUCGCUCUACUACACGUGUGUCAUGCAAUCGAAGGGGAUCUACUUACAAACACGCUUCAAAUGUCCUGAUCUCACAUUCUUCGACACAGCCCGACAAGUGUGUCGGCCGCAAUACGAAGUUGCCUGUGAUUCCAUACAACUAUCAGAGUUAGUAUAUCCCAGACCGCCACCAUUGCUCCACUUACCGGUCAUAUAUCCACCCCAUUAUGCUUUAGAUUCGCUGGAAGAUAGCGAAUAUCCAGCUGAGUAUUCAAUGUCAUGCUCCAAAGAGGAUACCUACGGCUCUAGAGUAGAUUCAACUGAAGCUUUAUACUAUACACAAUCCCCAGUGAUCGAUUCUACAUUGUCUACAUCAGUUUCUGCUACGCCGACGACAAUUGGCUCUCCCUCAACAACGUCGAUGACAACUGUUAUACCAACGGCUGCUUCUUCACCAACAGCGUCAUCAGCUGAUCUUACUAUAAUUACUGCAUUGCCAACAACUCCUGCUGAGCAAAGUACAUCGCAAACAUCUCCCGCUACUAGUUCCUCAACCACUCUUUCAACAGCUUCAUCACCAACGGCGACGGAACCAACAUCUGGCGCAACGACAAUCGCUGCAACGACAACUGCUACUUCAACAACAGCGCCUUCAACAACAACAGAAGCAGCGGCAAGCUCGAUGGAAACAUCUUCAAGCGAAGAAACUGCUCCACGAACUCUUGCCUUUAUCAAGCCACAACCAUCAUUAUUACCCGAUCUGUUAACAAGAGAACCACCAAGUUCCUCCACUGAUGAAAUUUCCACUGAAGGUCCAGUGUCAACAUCCUCCUCCACGGUCACCUCUGCAGAAACCGAGACCUCUACACCAAAUAUCUCACCGACUUCAACAUCAUUAUCUGCAGAAACUUCUUCGACAUCGUCACCGUCAAUGUCUACAGACCCAACAUCUUCGUCCCCUUCAAAUUCAGCAUCAACAAUUUCUACCAAUCCUACCUCAACAUCAAUUGAUCCUGCCUCAUCCUUGUCACCCUCAUCAGCUACCACUACAAUAACGGCUUUACCCACAAACCCAGCCACGAACAAUCCAAUGCCCACAGCUACUGCGGAUAUGGCCACAGCAGCAAGUAGUCUUCAACCUGGUUCUACAACGUCUACAGCUUCAUCAGAGCCUGUUUCUGCUACAAACAGUGCAAUGUUAACUGAUUCUACUUUAAGUUCUUCGACCACAACGAUGCCUCCUAUAACAUCCUCAUCACCAACAGGAGAAACUACAAGCGCUUCGGCACAAACUACUACAACAACGACGGCUAUACCUAGAACCACAAGUACCAGAAGUACUGCAGCAUCCACGGAUUUUAUACAAAAUACAAUAAAUCUAUCAGAAAUACCCAACACCAACACAAACAUAAAUAAUCCAAUCACAAAUGAGAUCAGAAGCAUAAGAUCCCAUACACCAGCCGAAUCAGUCAUAGAACAGAGAAAUAAUGACAAUGCAGACUACACUGAUUUAACUUCGCAGGAAGUUGAAAAUGUGGUAUAUUCCGAUGAGUAUGAUUCUGAUUUGGCAACAACGGAAAACGCAUUGAAAGACAAAUUCACGGAAGAAGUAGGAAUCAAAAUAACAGAGCUUUCGCCAAUUACUUCAACAGGCGUUACACAAAAGGUCCCGGAAAGUGCAAAGCAAUUGGGCGGGGCAAGAAAUCAAGACGUUUUGCCAAAUGACGCGCUAGAAAUUGAAGACAUGGAUGACGUAGUAAAUGAAAUACGGAUGCAUAAAGGUAGUUCAGAUGUCAGUUAUUAUGAGGACGAUAUGGAGUACAAUGAAGUAUUAUCCACAAGUCAAAAGACGACUACAACAAGUGAGGAGACGGUCGUGAGCAAACAAGCGCCAGUCACUAAAGACCUCCAUACCACCUCGCAUUCAAAGAAAUUAGAAGAAAAAGGAGAAGAAUCUAUAACAAAUCUCGAAUUACAUGAUCACUCCAAAACGAGUAGAGAAGUUCAAGAGCUAAAUCAAACGACCAACACACUACCAAGGAACAAGGUAACUGUUACUGAGCUUAGAACCUCACCCGCUGGUAAAGCAAGAACUCCGAGCGCUAUACGACAAACGUUGGGUACAGUUGAAGAGAGUUUUGAAAUGGCCCUUGAAUCCGAUAAAUUCAAAAUUUCUACAAACAAAAGAUCCUUUGGUAAACAUGAAGAAAAUAUGAUCACAAGUGUCAAUCAAGAGCACACUCAAGAAUCUAUGAAGAUGCCUUUAACGGAUGUUAGCACUGAAAAAGGAUUAAUAGAAAAGAUGGAAUGGUUAAGAGAAAGUACUAGUGAAUCAAUAAAUACUGGCGAUGAGGUUAGUUCCACAACAGAGGCCGAUGGAAUUGCAACGAGUUCGUCAGUAUUUCAUGAACAGUCCAAUCUUGAAAGAGUUGAGAGUAAAAGCUCACUCGAUGCAUUAAGUGGUGAAAGUAGUCCCGAAGCUGCAGAAGAGCCCAACAUUUCGGGCACUGAAUUAAAUUCAAAAACUGAAGAAAAUGGUGCAAUUGCGACCAAUGCCAAGGAAAUCGACGCAACGCUCAUAGACAGAACUCUACCCAAUUCCACUGCAACAGAGCUAUUCAGGCGAGAACAUGAGUUACCUCACAUAGAUCCUCCAAUUAAUGAGAGCCAGGCAAGAACACAGCGAAUCGAGAUGGGGUCCAAUGUUGAAAACCACGAUUUCAGCUUAGAAAAUCCCCAAGCACCCAGUAAUUCUCAGCAAAUUAUGGAAAAAGUCACUUCGACUCUCGACAACAGCGACGACUCGAGCUCACUAGAAAGUGAGUCGAUAGAACAUACUCAAGUAAGAGUGGUGAAAGCGGUCGCUGUAAAGAGCCACAAAGAUGAUUCAUGGAAUGAGAUAGUAAUGGGCAUCCGACAGAUCCCCGCUAAGCAUAUCGGUAUAGAAAAUCUCAAUCAGAACCAACAGAGCCUCACGGCAAAUACUGAAACCCAUGCAAUAACACCUAUUGAAGAUGAGGCUAGCACGAAAUUUCACGCCACAACCGAAAGAUUUUCUUCUGAUUUGAAUUCGAAUAAUUUCUUGAGUCCGCCUACAUCCACCGAACCGAAUACUAUCAAACACGAGAGUCAUAACCGAAAAAUAAUUGAUGAGAGCUUUGAAGAAGCACACGUUGGGCAGGUAGAGUCUAUAGAAUCUCAACUUACUACUAGCUCCAGAGAGGAAAUGAUUCAAACAAGAACUUCGCAUGAGCUGCUCAACAUUGAGAAUCCUAAUCGGAAUGAAGAUGCGCCACACACAGAGUUGUCUAGGGAAGAUGAAAUUGAAACGUCUACAUUGAGUCAAAGCAGUGGCGAUUUCAUAAAAUUAUCAAGCUCACUUUCAUUUGCGAAUCCAAGUACUUUGAGACCUGUACGAGAAGCUGUGGCUGCAAGUGAAGAAAGCAGCCAAAAAGAAAAUGAAAUAUUGAAGCUCACAGAAUUUGUGACACCCACCGCAACGACAGCUACCCAAAUAGAUCGCGACAUUCAAACAACUUCCAACACCGAUAAUAUAAAUAUUGAACGGUUAGAAGAUAGCGUAGACCAUUCAGAAUUCCAAGAGCAAGACUCUAUGGUGGCUGAAACAAAUCUUCGGAUUCAAGAAGAAUUGGAAACUCUUACGAAAGAGUUGGCAAAUGAACAUUUCGAAAAGGUCGACAGAAGUCCAUCGGAAAUCGACGUGGAAGAAAAUCUUGCCUCUGCUUUAGAGGAGCGUACUGGUCUAAUUAGAGUCACUAGUGUUCCGCUGCAGGGUAAGAUCCCAAAUGGAGAUUCUAUGCCAAUACAAUCAGUUGGCUUGGGUGCUAACGAAG